AUGAGCGCCGUCGAACUGAAAGAAAAGGGCAACCAGCUCUUCAAGCAGGGCGACUUCAGCGGCGCCGAGGAUCUCUUCUCGCAGGCGAUCCUCAAAAACCCCAAAGAACCCACCUACUUCUCGAACCGUGCGCUCACGCGCAUCCGCCUCGGCGACUGGGCCGGCGUCGAGCAGGAUGCCCGCGCCGCCAUCACCCUCCUCGGCGUCAAAGACCCCGCUAGCCUGAAGAGCCGGUCCUACCUGGCGCAGGCGCUGAUCCAGCUGCACCGGCCGCAGGAGGCGUACGAGGUGGCCAUCGAUGCGUACCGCGCCAGCCUGGCGGCGAAGAGCGUGCAGACCGAGACGCUGUCGCGGACGGUGCUGCGCGCGAAACAGCAGAUCUGGGCGGCCAAGGAGGCGCGCCGGCUGCGCGAGAUGGACGACACGCUGGCGUACGUGGAGGGGCUGGCGGACGCGGAGCUGGAGCGGGCGCUAGGCGAGCUGCGGCGGCGGCGCGAUGCGGGCGAGAUCGGCCAGGUCGGGUUCCUGGAGGAUGAGCGCGCGCUGCGCGAGGAGGCGGAGCGGAAGAGGGCGAAUGUGCGCGAGGCGUUUCGCAUUGCGUCUAAGGGGGAGGUGCAGGAGCGGGUUGUCCCCGACUACCUCGUCGACGGAAUCACCUUCGAAAUCAUGCACGACCCCGUCAUCACCCCCUCCGGCACCAGCUUCGAUCGCGUCGGCAUCACCAAGUACGUCGAGCAGGCGCACGUUGAUCCCAUCACCCGCGUGCCCAUGUCCGUCAACGACCUGCGGCCCAACUACGCGCUCAAGGCGGCCUGUGAGGAGUUCCUCGACAAGAACGGAUGGGCUGUGGAUUGGUGA